CACACUUCUCAGACGCGUGAAGAGAAUGUCGCGGUGGAGAUCCAAAGUCGAAACAGUGGAGCUGCAACCAAGCAGUCAACCUUGGAGUCACACAGUCGUUACUUCCAUCUAAAGAGAGAGAGGGAGCAAUUUCGAAGUGCGCUCGUCAAUAUUGUUAUGCAACAGAACACAGCUACUGGGCCGCCUAAACCGUUAGAUGAAAUUGAAUCUAUGUCAUCAAGAUUUCCAAGUGCCACCGAGAAAAAUAUUUUGAGAUACUAUUAUUAUAUCCACCAUGGCAUUGAUACACAACAUGUGGCUGCAAUGGAGGACUCUUGGUUGGAGAACGUCUUGACUUUAGUACCAAGACACCUUAAAAAGCACACUAAUACUGUUGAGGCACUUUCAGAUGAGAUGAGAGAAGAUUACUUACUGAGUGUGAAGAAGGCUAUUGUGGAUUUUGUUUUGAGAGAUCCGAGAGAAAAAGAUGAUAAUAAAGACAAGGAUCUUCCUCCUCAUCGCAAAGAAAUGGAGGUGGUGCCAAAACCUUGGAACAAGUCCUAUGUUUCAGCCUGCUCCCUCAUGAAGGAAAACUUGAAUUCUGUAAAUCCCACCAUGAUGGCUGUGCUGGACCUGUGGCAUGUCUCUUUCAAAAAAUUUAGAUUAAUUGACGUGAGAGAGUUCCACAGCCGGCAGGAGUCCAUGGAGCUGUCUGUAUUUCAAAACCUGAUUGUAAGACAUAUUGACUCUGCAAAGGAAACACUUCUUAAAAAAUGGUUUCCAGAAAUUCAGAAUAUCUACUAUCAAGGAAAUAAACGCAAACUGGUCCCCACUAAUAACAAACCUGAGAAGAUGCAAUCCUUCUUCAAUUGUGUUGCGACUCUGAUGACAGAACAGCUCCAGAGUUUAGCACUAGAAUCGAUUGAGGACUUCACACACCUCAUCGUACAGCCUCCGGAUUCAGUCCGUGCAUUUGAACAUCCAGGCUUUGUGAUCAGGCUUAUCUUGGAUAAUGCCACUAUUAAAUUUGAGCCUGAAUUCAAAGAUAUUGAGACCGUCCUCCUUAAUGUGUAUGAACUAAUGAUAAAGGCAGUUAGCCUGGUGCCAAGAGUAGAAACAAAACUUUACUCAGAAUGGCCUGGUUCUAAACUAAAGAGCACACUGAAGCCAAUCAUCCUUGACGAAAUACUAGAGCGACAGCGCAGGGCAGUUCAGCAAGUGGUUGAAAUGGAGAGUACAGGACCCAAAGAGCACGAGCGUCUAUAUGACCGAUAUACAUUGUUGGUGAACAAGCAAGCUGAGCAAGAUGUUGAGCAGUUCUUACAAGAAGAUCAUUCCUUUGAGGAAUGCAUGAUGGAAGUCACUAAGUAUCAAACGCUUGCCGAGGAAAUUCAAUAUAAUUCUGUUAAGGUAAUACGCCUGGGGAUGUUUGAGCUGCACUGUGAAGAUCUAAUUAGAGGCCUAGUGAAACGUGCAGAGGCCUUGUGUGAGAAACUUACAGGCAAGAUGCUUAAGGACCACCAAGAAGGCUGCAAUAAGUUAUGUGAAGAAUUUGAGAAGAUAGCAGAAAAGGCAUUGGGUACUCCUCCAAAUUCUCAAGAGCUAAUGGAACUUAAAGCUUACGUAAAAAAAGUAGAAUCUCAUGACAUGUUAGAAAUGGAACAGAAGCUUGUGGAAGCCAAAAAUCGACUCUCAUUCUUGAUGGACUACGCCACUUUGUCCCCUGGGGAUAUGCGACUCAACAAUAACACUUUUCAGUGGUAUUCACGUAUGCCUGAAAUUUUUGAAGAACAUCGUCAAAUUGUUAGUCAGAAGACAGGGCAGUUCCAGGAAGGCCUGAAGCUGCGUUGUGAAAGAUUUGUAGAAGAGCUGGACAGCUACAGCAAGCAAGUUGAAGAGUUUGUUACAUAUGGGGACAUGUCAGAAAUCAAUAAAUAUCUGAGAAAAGCCCAGACAUUGAAUUCCAAGCUUGAUCUUGCUAUGGAAAAGGUUGAUCAAAUUAAUGCUGAAGAGGAGUCUUUUGGAUGGCCAGUGUCACAAUACCCACUACGAAAGAAGAUUCAGGAAAAGUUAACCCCAUAUUUGCGCUUGUAUGAAACAGCUUCUGACUUCAACGCCAAAUACAAAGACUGGCUUGAAGGGCCAUUUGCCCAGGUUAAUCCAGACAAAGUGGAGCAGGAUGUUGGGAAUUAUUGGCGAGGAUUAUACAAACUGGAGAAAGGCUUUCAGGAUUCACCCAAUGCCCUACACAUAGCCACUACAGUUAAAGCAAAAGUUGAGGAGUUCAAGGAGCACCUGCCUCUCAUCCAGGUUCUUUGCAACCCUGGGCUGCGUGACCGUCACUGGGAUGCAAUGUCAGAGAUUGUUGACUUUAGACUACAACCCACUGAAGAGACUACAGUCUCAAAAUUCCUAACUAUGAAUCUUGAACCUUAUUUGAGCCAAUUUGAGGGCAUCAGUGAAGCUGCUAGUAAGGAGUAUUCUCUGGAAAAAGCCAUGGAGAAAAUGGUGUCAGAGUGGGAUGAGAUUGAAUUUAAUCUUAUACCAUACAGAGAGACUGGAACAUAUAUUCUGUCUGCUGUGGAUGACAUUCAGAUGUUAUUAGAUGACCACAUUGUAAAAACACAGACAAUGCGUGGGUCCCCUUUCAUAAAGCCUUUCGAAAAUGAAAUUCGUGAAUGGGAAGGCAAGUUGCUUCUGCUUCAAGAGAUAAUGGAUGAGUGGCUUAAGGUACAAGCCACUUGGUUGUAUCUAGAGCCCAUCUUCAGCUCCCCGGACAUUAUGGCACAGAUGCCAGAGGAGGGACGCCGUUUUACAGCUGUAGACAAAACCUGGAGAGAAACAAUGAAGCAGGUGUUAUUGGACAAACACGUUUUGGCUGUUGUGGCAAUUGACAAGAUGUUGGAAAAGCUGAAAAAAUCAAAUGAACUUCUGGAAAUGAUUUUGAAAGGCCUCAAUGAAUACCUGGAAAAGAAACGACUGUUCUUCCCUCGAUUCUUCUUCCUUUCCAAUGAUGAGCUUCUUGAGAUCCUGUCUGAAACCAAAGAUCCCACAAGGGUGCAGCCCCAUCUAAAGAAGUGCUUUGAAGGCAUUGCUAAAGUGGAAUUUACAGAUGUGCUUGAUAUCACCCACAUAAAAAGCAGUGAGGGUGAGGUGGUAGAACUCAUUGACAUAAUUUCCACAUCUAAAGCCCGAGGACAGGUGGAGAAGUGGCUUCUGGAGCUUGAGUCGGGAAUGCUGCAGUCCUUGCGCAAGGUUAUUGGAGAAGCCAUUGAAGCUUAUCCCAAAAAUCCUCGAAUCAACUGGGUUCGUGAAUGGCCAGGACAAACUGUUCUGUGUGUCUCACAAACGUAUUGGACAAAGGACAUCCACCGUUCCAUCAAAGAAGGUCACAAGGCACUACAGGAAUACUUGGAGCUUAAUAACAAGCAAAUAGACGAUAUUGUGACAUUAGUUAGAGGUAAACUGUCUAAGCAAAAUCGUGUCACGCUUGGAGCAUUGGUUGUAUUGGAUGUUCAUGCAAGGGAUGUUCUAGCAGCCCUGGUUAAGAAGAAAGUCAGUGAUGAAAAUGAUUUUGAAUGGCUCAGCCAACUUCGCUACUAUUGGGAGGAUGGUCAGCUACAGACAAAGAUGAUCAAUGCAGGCUUAGCCUAUGGUUAUGAAUAUCUUGGUAAUACUCCUCGCUUGGUCAUCACACCUCUUACGGAUCGUUGUUACAGGACUCUUUUUGGAGCGCUUCAUCUCCAUCUGGGUGGUGCACCUGAGGGGCCAGCAGGAACUGGAAAGACAGAGACGACCAAAGAUUUGGCCAAGGCCAUUGCUAAACAGUGUGUUGUGUUUAACUGCUCGGACGGCCUUGACUAUAUUGCUCUUGGCAAAUUUUUCAAGGGCUUGCUGUCCUGUGGUGCCUGGGCUUGCUUUGAUGAAUUUAAUCGAAUUGACUUGGAAGUACUUUCUGUUGUUGCACAGCAAAUUCUGACUAUACAGAGAGGCAUUUCUAGUGGCUCUGACACUUUGGUAUUCGAAGGUACAGAACUCCGACUAGACCCAACCUGUGCAGUUUUCAUCACCAUGAACCCUGGAUAUGCUGGUCGCUCAGAACUUCCAGAUAACCUAAAGGCCCUGUUCAGGACAGUUGCCAUGAUGGUACCCGACUAUGCCAUGAUUGCAGAGAUUGUGCUCUACUCUUGUGGGUUUGUCACAGCACGUCCUCUGUCUGUAAAGAUUGUAGCAACGUACCGACUCUGUUCUGAACAGUUGUCAUCUCAGCAUCACUAUGACUAUGGUAUGAGAGCUGUUAAGUCUGUCCUUACAGCAGCUGGAAACCUAAAGCUGAAAUAUCCAGAUGAGAAUGAAGAUAUUUUAUUGCUGAGGUCCAUCAUUGAUGUUAAUUUGCCCAAGUUCCUGGCUCAUGAUUUACCGCUGUUUGAGGGUAUCACAUCUGACCUGUUCCCUGGCGUUCAGUUGCCUAAACCUGAUUAUCGCAUUUUGUUGGAGGCAAUCCGAGAAAAUUGUGAAAAGAUGAACCUGCAAGUCACUGAUUUUUUUGCUGAGAAAAUCCUACAGAUAUAUGAAAUGAUGAUUGUUCGUCAUGGCUUCAUGAUUGUUGGGGAACCUUUUGGUGGAAAGACAUCAGCCUACCAUGUUUUGGCUGCAGCACUUGGAGAUAUUUGUGACAAGGGACUGAUGGAAGAAAACAAAGUCCAGAUUACAGUGAUUAACCCAAAGUCAAUCACCAUGGGUCAGCUGUAUGGCCAAUUUGACCAAGUCUCCCAUGAGUGGUCCGACGGAAUCUUAGCUGUCAGUUACAGAGCUUUUGCAACCUCACAAAGUCUGGAUCGAAAGUGGUUGAUUUUUGAUGGGCCUGUGGAUGCUGUGUGGAUUGAAAACAUGAACACAGUCUUGGAUGAUAAUAAGAAGUUGUGCUUGAUGAGUGGUGAGAUCAUCCAAAUGUCUCCUCAGAUGAGUCUCAUUUUUGAGCCCAUGGAUUUGGAAGUGGCUUCACCCGCAACAGUGUCAAGGUGCGGUAUGAUCUACAUGGAGCCUCACAUGCUAGGCUGGAGGCCCCUUAUGGUGUCCUGGAUAAAUACCAUGGCCCCUGCAGUUAGUCCAAUGCACAAACAGCUAAUUGAGGGGAUGUUUGAUAGGAUUGUGCCCUCCUGCUUGCAAUUUGUGCGCAAGGCAACAAAGGAGCUGUCACCAACUUCUGAUACUAACCUCGUUCGGUCACUGAUGAAUCUUAUGGACUGCUUGAUGGAUGAGUUUUCCAGUGAAUCCAAGAUAAGAAGCAUGAAUGAACGUGAUAUCUGUUCUUGGUUAGAGGGGAUUUUUGUCUUUUCCCUUGUGUGGUCAGUGGGAGCCAGCUGCCAUGAAGAUGGCAGAAUAAAGUUUGACAAGCUGCUGCGUGAGCUGCUGGAAGGCCCUCUGAGUGAAGAGACAAGGAUGCGCUUUAACAUCCUGCACCAUGUGGAGCCCCCAGCUAAGCAGCUCACUGUGCCCUUGCCCAAGGAUAAAAACAUCUAUGAGUACAGGUUUGUUAAAGAGGGAGCUGGGAGAUGGGAGCUAUGGACUGAGGAGCUUAAAUCAGCUCUUCCUAUCCCACGGGAUGUGCAGUUUAAUGAAAUCAUUGUACCUACCCUGGAUACAGUCCGGUACACUGCACUGAUGGAACUCUUAAUAACACAUCAGAAGCCGACUGUGUUUGUUGGGCCUACAGGAACUGGCAAGAGCGUUUAUAUUAUUGAUUUUUUGCUAAACCACCUUGACAAGGAUGUCUACAACCCUCUCCUCAUUAACUUUUCGGCCCAGACCACAGCUGCUCAGACACAGAACAUCAUUAUGUCGAAGCUAGAUAAGCGAAGGAAAGGGGUUUUUGGUCCUCCACUAGGCAAGAAAACGGUUGUAUUUGUUGAUGAUGUCAACAUGCCAGCCCGUGAAGUAUAUGGUGCCCAGCCACCAGUAGAGUUACUUCGACAAUGGCUGGAUCACUGGAACUGGUACGACAUGAAGGACUGCUCUAUGAUCAAGCUGAUUGACAUUCAGAUUAUGUGUGCAAUGGGACCCCCUGGUGGUGGCAGAAAUCCAAUCACUCCACGUUUUCUGCGACAUUUUAAUACUAUUACCAUAAAUGAGUUUGAUGAGAGCUCCAUGUACACCAUUUUUUCACGGAUCCUCGACUGGCAUUUUACCACAAGGUUUAAUUUUCCAUUGGAAUUUUCUGUGCUGACACCUCAGGUGAUCCACAGCACCAUGGCCGUAUACAAAGAAGCCACCAAAAAUUUGCUUCCCACUCCAACAAAGUCACACUACCUCUUCAAUCUGAGAGACUUCUCGCGUGUCAUCCAGGGUACCUGUCUGUCUAGACCGGAGACUGCAGAUUCACCAGCUGUCAUCAAACGCCUUUGGGUUCAUGAGGUUUUACGAGUAUAUUAUGACCGCCUGGUGGAUAACACGGAUCGUGCUUGGCUGGUAGGGUACCUGCAAGAUGUUGUAAAGACCCACAUGCAUGAGAACUUUCAUCAGCUCUUUCAGACUUUAGAUUUUGACAAAGAUGGAACAGUAACAGAGGAUGACCUUCGGAGCCUUAUGUUUUGCGAUUUCAGUGACCCUAAAGGUGAAGACCGCAAUUAUCGUGAAGUUAGCAAUCUGGAUCAGCUGCGGCAAGUGGUAGAAACCCACCUUGAAGAAUUUAACAAUAUCAGUAAGAAACCCAUGAACCUUGUUCUCUUUCGUUUUGCCAUAGAACACGUGUGCAGGAUCUCUCGGGUACUAAAGCAGCCACGUGGUCAUGCUUUGUUGGUAGGCGUAGGUGGAAGUGGACGUCAAUCUUUAACCCGUUUAGCAGCUCAUAUGGCUGACUCUGAACUAUUUCAAGUAGAAAUUUCAAAAAGCUAUGGACAAUCAGAGUGGAGGGAGGACUUGAAACAUAUUCUACGUAAAUCUACAGAGGGGGACACCCAAGGCAUCUUCCUCUUCACGGACACACAGAUUAAGCAGGAAUCUUUCCUGGAGGAUGUCAGCAAUCUCUUGAACACAGGGGAAGUGCCAAACUUGUUUGCCAUAGAUGAGAAACAAGAAAUUUGUGAGCGGAUGAGGGUACUUGAUCGCCAGAGAGAUCGUGAAAAACAAACAGAUGGCAGUCCUUUAGCACUUUUCAACAUGUUUAUAGAGCGUUGCCGUAGCCAGCUGCAUGUGGUGUUGGCUAUGAGUCCCAUUGGAGACACUUUCCGAGGUCGACUGCGUCGAUUUCCAGCACUUGUCAACUGUUGCACGAUCGACUGGUUCCAGACAUGGCCUGAGGAUGCCUUGCAAGCUGUAGCAAGCCGGUUCCUUGAAGACAUUGAGAUGUCUGAAGAAACUCGCACAGGCUGUAUUGAAAUGUGCAAGAGCUUUCACACCUCUACAAUCCUGUUAUCACAGCGGUUCUAUGCUGAGCUACAGCGACACAAUUAUGUCACUCCUACCUCUUACCUGGAGCUCAUCUCAACCUUCAAAACUCUCCUUGAAAGGAAAAGGACAGAGGUAAUGAAAAUGAAGCGACGUUAUGAAGUGGGUCUAGAGAAACUGGAAUCUGCAGCUUCUCAAGUGGCAACAAUGCAAACACAGCUAGAGGCACUGCAGCCCCAGCUAAAAGUGGCCAGCAAGGAGGUGGAUGAAAUGAUGAUAGUGAUUGAAAAAGAGUCCAUUGAGGUUGCAAAGACAGAGAAGGUAGUUAAAGCCGAUGAGGCCGUGGCAAAUGAACAAGCCAUGGCAGCCAAGGCCAUUAAAGAUGAGUGUGAUGCUGACCUUGCUCAUGCUCUGCCCAUAUUAGAGUCUGCACUGGCUGCACUGGACACACUUACACCACAGGAUAUUACUGUGGUGAAGUCCAUGAAAAGUCCCCCUGCUGGCGUAAAACUUGUAAUGGAAGCUAUUUGCAUCCUAAAAGGAAUUAAACCUGACCGGAUCCCUGACCCACAGGGUUCAGGAAAGAAAGUGGAAGACUUCUGGGGCCCAGCCAAGAAAUUACUUGGGGACAUGAAAUUUCUGCAGAGUCUACAUGAGUAUGACAAAGACAAUAUUCCAGCUUCAUAUAUGAGCAUUAUUCGCAAGCAGUAUAUUACCAAUCCUGAAUUUGUCCCAGAGAAGAUUAGAAAUGCUUCUACUGCUGCUGAGGGUCUCUGCAAGUGGGUUGUUGCCAUGGACUCCUAUGACAAAGUAGCAAAGGUUGUGGCUCCUAAAAAGAUAAAACUGGCCCAGGCAGAGGAAGAACUGCGCAUCGCCAAUGAAGGGCUAAGGAAAAAGCAGGCUGCCUUGAAGGAGGUCCAAGACAAGCUGGCCAAGCUUCAGCAAACUUUGGAAAUCAAUAAGAUGGAGAAAGCGGAUCUUGAGAACAAGGUUGAUUUAUGCAGCAAGAAGCUUGAUCGAGCUGAACAGCUGAUUGGUGGGCUUGGUGGAGAAAAGACUCGAUGGAGUGUGACAGCCAAGCAGCUGGGGAUCCAGUACACCAACCUGACGGGUGACAUACUAAUCUCUGCUGGCAUAGUAGCAUAUUUAGGAACGUUCACCUCCACUUACAGACAGAUUCAGACAAAAGAAUGGGUUGAUACGUGCAAAAAUCGUCACAUUCCCUGCUCAGACGACUUCUCUCUCACAGUCAGUUUGGGUGAACCAGUGAAAAUUCGAGCAUGGAAUAUUGCAGGCUUGCCUUCUGACAGCUUUUCCAUUGACAAUGGCAUUAUUAUAUCGAACGCAAGAAGGUGGCCUCUGAUGAUAGAUCCCCAAGGACAAGCCAACAAAUGGGUGAAAAACAUGGAAAAAGCUAACAGCCUCCAUAUAAUUAAACUGAGCGAUUCUGAUUUUGUGAGAACCCUGGAAAACUGUAUCCAGUUUGGAACUCCUGUGCUUUUGGAAAAUGUUGGUGAGGAGCUUGACCCUAUUCUAGAACCACUGCUUUUGAAGCAAACAUUUAAACAAGGAGGAAGCAUAUGCAUCCGCCUAGGUGAUGCCACAAUUGAAUACGCUCCUGAUUUCCGAUUCUACAUAACCACCAAAUUGCGAAAUCCCCACUACUUGCCAGAAACAUCUGUCAAGGUGACUCUGCUUAACUUCAUGAUAACCCCAGAGGGAAUGCAGGACCAGCUUUUGGGAAUUGUGGUGGCAAGAGAAAGACCUGACUUGGAGGAGGAGAAGCAGGCACUCAUUCUCCAGAGUGCAGAAAAUAAAAGGCAGUUGAAAGAAAUUGAAGAUAAAAUUUUGGAAGUCCUGUCAUCAUCAGAGGGUAAUAUCUUGGAAGAUGAGACUGCUAUCAAGAUCCUUUCAUCCUCAAAAGUGUUGGCCAAUGAGAUCUCAGAAAAGCAGGAAAUUGCUGAAGCCACAGAAAAAAAAAUCGAUGCCACCCGCCUGGGCUACAGACCCAUUUCCAUUCACUCCUCCAUUCUGUUCUUUUCAAUUGCUGAUCUGGCUAACAUUGAGCCCAUGUAUCAAUAUUCCCUUUCUUGGUUCAUCAACCUCUUCAUUUUGUCAAUUGAAAACUCGGAGAAAUCUGAUAACCUUGACAGAAGACUUCAAAUUCUGCGUGAGCACUUCACCUACUCUUUGUACAUUAAUGUGUGCCGUUCGCUGUUUGAAAAGGACAAGCUGCUCUUCUCAUUCUGUCUCAAUGUCAACCUGCUGAAGCAUGAAAAGCUGAUUGAUGAUGCUGAGUGGAGAUUCUUGCUCACUGGAGGAGUGGGUCUAGAUAAUCCUCAUUCAAAUCCUUCUGUUUGGCUGCCACAAACCUCUUGGGAUGAGAUCUGUCGACUUGAUGACCUAAAACGUUUUAAAGGAAUGCGCAAGGAUUUUGCAAAACUAAAGGAGGGGUGGAAAGAGGUCUAUGACAGCUUGGAGCCACAUAACUCAACUUUCCCUUCAGAUUGGCAGGAAAAACUCGGCCAGUUCCAGAGAAUGUUGAUUAUUCGUUGUCUACGGCCAGAUAAAGUGAUCCCUAUGGUGCAGGAGUUUGUUAGUGCAAAUUUGGGACGGCAGUUCAUUGAAGCACCACCCUUUGACCUGGGAAAGGCAUUUGCAGACAGUCAUUGUUGUGCACCUCUUAUCUUUAUUUUGUCCCCUGGAUCUGACCCAAUGGCUGCACUUCUGAAGUUUGCUGAUGACCAGGGUUUUGGUGGCUCCAAAUUAAGUUCCCUUUCACUCGGCCAAGGGCAAGGUCCUAUUGCCAUGCGAAUGAUUGAGAAGGCAGUAAAGGAGGGAACUUGGGUGGUCUUGCAGAACUGUCAUCUCGCAACUUCCUGGAUGCCCAUGCUGGAGAAAGUGUGUGAGGAGCUGAAUCCUGAUACAACUCAUCCUGAUUUCCGUCUGUGGCUUACCAGCUACCCUUCCCCUACAUUCCCAGUUUCAGUACUGCAGAAUGGUGUCAAGAUGACCAAUGAAGCUCCAAAAGGGCUACGUUCCAACAUUGUGCGCUCCUACCUUAUGGACCCAAUUUCCGAUCCUGAAUUUUUCAACAGCUGUAAUAAAUCAGAUGCCUUUAAGAAGUUGCUCUAUGGACUUUGCUUCUUUCAUGCACUGGUUCAGGAAAGGCGUAAGUUUGGCCCACUUGGUUGGAACAUCCCAUAUGAGUUCAAUGAGACUGACUUACGCAUCUCUGUACAACAGCUCCACAUGUUUCUCAAUCAAUAUGAGGAAAUACCUUUUGAUGCAAUCCGGUACAUGACUGGUGAGUGCAACUAUGGAGGCCGGGUGACAGAUGACUGGGACCGACGCACAUUACGAAGCAUCCUUUCCAAGUUUUACAGCAAUGAGAUAACAGGCAACCCUGACUACAAGUUUGACUCUAGUGGCUUAUAUUAUGCACCGCCGGAGGGAGAGUACAACAGCUACAUAGAAUAUACCAAAACUCUCCCUUUGAACUCAGCCCCAGAGAUCUUUGGAAUGAACGCCAAUGCUGAUAUCACCAAGGACCAAUCGGAAACCCAACUUCUGUUUGACUGCAUCUUGCUUACCCAGUCUCGUACCUCGGGAGGGGACUCCAAGUCAUCCGAUGACAUGGUAUUUGAUGUGGCUGAAGACAUCCUUAGCAAAUUACCAGCAAAUUUUGAUGUGGAGGCUGCCAUGAGGAAAUAUCCGACUGCUUACAACCAAAGUAUGAACACUGUACUUGUGCAGGAAAUGGGCCGCUUCAACAAAUUGCUGCAUACUAUCCGGGAUUCUUGCAUUAAUAUUCAGAAAGCUAUUAAGGGUCUUGUAGUGAUGUCCGCAGAACUGGAAGAAGUUGCAAACAGCAUUCUGAAGGGCCGGAUUCCAGGGAUGUGGAUGAAGAAGUCUUACCCCAGCCUAAAGCCACUUGGCAGCUAUGUUAAUGACUUCCUUGCCAGGCUUAAGUUCUUACAGGACUGGUAUGAAAAUGGCACACCAGCGAUCUUCUGGCUGUCUGGUUUUUUCUUCACCCAAGCUUUUCUGACUGGCGCCCAACAGAAUUUUGCUCGAAAGUAUACCAUCCCUAUUGACCUUCUUGGAUUUGAUUAUGAGGUCCUAGAUGACAGAGACUACAGCCAACCUCCAGAAGAUGGAGUCUACAUUAGAGGCCUAUUUCUAGAUGGAGCUCGCUGGGAUAGGAAGACCAAAUGUCUGGCAGAGUCAUUUCCCAAAGUGCUACAUGAUACCGUGCCUGUGAUGUGGUUAAAGCCAUGUAAGAAGGAGGACAUUACAAAAAGACCAAGCUACAUUGCUCCAUUGUACAAGACCAGUGAGAGGAGAGGCACUCUGUCCACCACGGGACAUUCGACUAACUUUGUAAUUGCGAUGGUUCUCCCCUCCGACAAGCCCCAAGAGCACUGGAUUGGCCGCGGUGUGGCACUCCUUUGUCAACUAAAUUCUUAAAAAAAAA